AUGGCCUUCAUGAUGAAAAAGAAAAAGUACAAAUUCUCUGUGGAGGUCGACCUCGAGGAGCUCACGGCGGUGCCAUUCGUCAGUGCUGUGCUUUUCGCCAAGCUGAGGCUUCUAGACGGCGGUUCCUUUGUCGAUCAUUCCACCAGGGAGGAAGUGCAGGAGCACACGGUGAGAUGGAACGCGAAGUUCGAGUUUUUAUGCAAGAUGAGCGCCAACGCGUCCACGGGCGUGCUCGAUCCAUGCAUUUUAAGGAUAUCUGUGAGAAAGGAAUUAAAAGGAGGCAGGUCCUUCCAGAAACUGGGCUUCACCGAUUUAAACCUGGCCGAAUUCGCAGGAGCUGGCUUCUGCCGAAGAAGAUGUCUCCUGGAGGGUUACGAUGCGCGACAUCGUCAGGAUAAUUCUAUGCUGCGCGUAGCCAUAAAAAUGAAUAUGCUCUCCGGAGAUAUCCUAUUUAAAGUCCCUUCCCCAUCAUUGAAACAAACGCAAUUGGCGGUGCCCGGGGUGCAAGGUGUACCUGGUGUUACCGGUGACGAAGUGACGGCAUCCGAGAGAUGUUCUAAUCGAGAGGAUUAUGUAUCUACUGGUUCUUUGGCGGGAAGUAUAGCAAGUGCCAGCAGUGGUUUCGGCAGUCUUCCUAAGAAGAGGCCCGCACUCUUCACUUCCGAACUUCUUAGCGGAACGGAAACAUACGAUCCGAUGACCCUCAGCGAAAUAGUACCCUCGGCGGUUCCUGUGGAGGCUCUAGUAGAGGCGCACACGGAAUCUGGGCACUCACGCAACAGCAGCAAUACGAGUCAACUUAGCAAAGGGUCCGGCUAUGGUUCCUUAAAUUCGCACAGUCAGCAUAGCAGACAGAGCAGUAGCGGUGAUAGCGGUCACAUUAGCCUCAAGCAAUCUCUUCAUUCUCAAUUUCUCGACCAUGAGACUCUGGACUCUCUAUCUUUUUUUUACUUUACGUCACCUUCCUGGCCGGUAUGGGCACCACGAAUCCUCAACUCCUCUCAGAACCUAUCCACACAACCGAUUACCUAUCGACCUGAUACCUGUAUCGAACCUCUGUCAUUGCAUCCAUCUUCUCUGUCGCACAUGGCCUCCAGAGCUCGAUUCUGGUCGGCGUCGAGCCCUCUCUCCUCUCGUAUUGGUCCAACAGACGUGGAAGAUCCGAUGAAAGUAGACAUUAUUGCGAAGAACAUUUAUUCGGUCGGAAAGCAGCCGCUUUACGAAAUCGGGAACGGUUUCUUAAAUGACAGUGAUUCACGCGAAUGUCGGAAUGACGCGAACACAGACAGCCGGGUAGCGCCCAGGAUCUUCAGGGUGCCAGAUGUACCGCGACACUCGCGCAAGAAUUACGAGAGAAACAGCUUUGAGGCGCGUAACGAACGUAACGUGAUAAUGAGCUCGAUCGCCAAGGAGAGUAAUGGGCAACAGAGUAACGUCUUCCCAAUCUCAAAGUCGAGAAUUAGUGCCGCGGGUUGGCGCAGCAUGUCGAAGACCUGCGAUUGCAUCGAAAAGGGCAAAACAAGCCCGGUGUUGCGACUGGUCGAUCAGGCCAGAGCUGUGUCCUCUCCUGAUCCUCUCCAUAGGCCUGACAAUCAAAGAGCCCCACUACGUCCCACGACGACAGCUCAAACCCUCAGGGGUAUUGGCGGAGGUCACCGGAAGUUGCUGGACGGGGCGGGGGGCAAGCUGGCUACGGUCGCCACCAGUCCAGCGGACUCUGAGGAGUCCUCGUUAGGGGUACCGGAAGUCGCGCCACCAAUCUCGCAGCAUCGAAACAGCAUUACCCCACCAAAUCCUUCCGGCGGUUCAGGUCUCAGCGAAACUGGAUCCCUGGAUCGUGCUAAGGCUGCGCUAGAGCGUAGAAAAAAAGCGGAGGAUGGUGCUGGUAAUCCUAUCCUCUGUAGAGUUGAAGUCACCAGGCCGAAUCCUGAUUCUCUUAUCGACGAACUGCUUAAAGCAACGAAUUUGGAGCAGACGGAUCUUGAAAGUUCCGAGACAACUGGUCUUCAACUCUUUAUUGCGAAAGACGGCACGACCGCGCUUGGUAGUCAUGAGGUAAAGAGUCAGAUGCCUGCCGGCGUGUUCAAGCAAGUGGUAAUGGAAGAGAACAACAGGUAACACGAAGCCAUCACCACAAGACGGCAGUACGCAAGACAGGCCAGUGCCACGUUCUCGUUGGCUCUGGUGCCAGAGCUCGUCUAUGAGGCCUACGAGCCGCGGUAGUUACAAGAGAUGACGAUAUGAAUGAGGAAAGAAAUCAUCGACUUGGGAGGAGCGGCCAAACGCGAUACGAAGUAUCCUCGCUAGAUCGUUCUACACUGUAUAUCUCCUCCAUAUAAAAAAAAAUCGCGCCUCUGAAUAGUCGAACUAAUAUUCAUCGAAGUAGUAUGUUCGAGUUGAUUACUUCGUGUGAAAUUCAUUGUACGGAUUCGCAAGACCGAGGCUGAUAUUCAUGUCAUAAGUGCACAUUUAAAUGUGAAUAAUCAAACAGUCACAUGCAGCUUGCAAGAUUGAUAAUUGCAUUUUAACACUCGAUCCUCCAAGAUCAUUUUCAUACGUGGAUUUUCCGUUUUCCAAAAUCCCGUACAACGAACGAAAUCUAUGUACAGUGUUGCUGUUCAUGACGAACGACCUCAGCUGCGUGCACAAUUUAAGGACGAUAUUAAAUAAAUACAUGUUUUCGGAACUAUUUCAAAAAAACAGAUAUACGUAUUUUCUUCCUUGUAAACGAAGCAUAAUAAUUUCCGUCAAACGUGCUUCGCUUAAAAGGAAAGUGUUA